CCGGAAGUUAAUGUAGAAGUCACACCUCCCUCCUCACCGGCAGGGCGCAGCCAUUUUAAUUCAUAGCUGACUUUGCAUCGCGGGCCAGUUCGCACGUUCCAAUCAGCUGAGGCCAUGUCAGGAGACGGAGCCACGGAGCAGGCAGCUGAGUAUGUCCCAGAGAAGGUGAAGAAAGCUGAAAAGAAAUUAGAAGAGAAUCCAUAUGACCUUGACGCUUGGAGCAUUCUCAUUCGAGAGGCACAGAAUCAACCUAUAGACAAAGCACGGAAGACUUAUGAACGCCUUGUUGCCCAGUUCCCCAGUUCUGGCAGAUUCUGGAAACUAUACAUUGAAGCAGAGAUUAAAGCUAAAAAUUAUGACAAGGUUGAAAAGCUAUUUCAGAGAUGCCUUAUGAAGGUUUUGCACAUUGAUUUAUGGAAGUGUUAUCUUUCAUAUGUCCGAGAAACCAAGGGUAAACUACCAAGUUACAAAGAAAAAAUGGCUCAAGCAUAUGACUUUGCACUGGAUAAAAUUGGAAUGGAAAUUAUGUCUUAUCAGAUUUGGGUGGAUUACAUCAAUUUCUUAAAAGGCGUAGAAGCUGUUGGAUCUUAUGCAGAAAAUCAGAGAAUAACAGCUGUCCGAAGAGUUUAUCAGCGAGGUUGCGUUAAUCCAAUGAUCAACAUUGAACAGCUCUGGAGAGACUAUAACAAAUAUGAAGAGGGUAUCAAUAUUCAUUUAGCUAAAAAAAUGAUUGAAGAUCGGAGCAGAGAUUACAUGAAUGCUAGGCGUGUAGCAAAGGAGUAUGAGACAGUAAUGAAGGGUUUGGACCGCAACGCUCCAUCAGUGCCUCCUCAGAAUACUCCUCAGGAAGCUCAGCAGGUGGAUAUGUGGAAGAAGUACAUACAGUGGGAAAAGAGCAACCCUCUUCGUACAGAAGAUCAGACCCUUAUAACAAAAAGAGUUAUGUUUGCCUAUGAACAGUGCCUACUUGUGCUGGGCCAUCACCCUGAUAUUUGGUAUGAAGCUGCCCAAUAUCUUGAGCAGUCAAGUAAACUGCUAGCAGAGAAGGGGGAUAUGAAUAAUGCCAAAUUAUUUAGUGAUGAAGCUGCUAAUAUAUAUGAAAGAGCUAUAAGCACUUUAUUAAAGAAGAAUAUGCUUCUUUAUUUUGCAUAUGCAGAUUAUGAAGAGAGUCGCAUGAAGUAUGAGAAGGUUCACAGUAUAUAUAACAGACUUCUGGCAAUUGAGGAUAUUGACCCCACCUUGGUAUAUAUCCAGUAUAUGAAAUUUGCAAGGAGAGCAGAAGGUAUCAAAUCUGGAAGAAUGAUAUUUAAAAAAGCUAGAGAAGAUACCAGAACCCGCCACCAUGUCUAUGUUACUGCAGCACUCAUGGAGUAUUACUGUAGUAAGGACAAAUCUGUUGCCUUUAAGAUUUUUGAGCUUGGGCUUAAGAAAUACGGAGAUAUUCCAGAAUAUGUCCUGGCUUAUAUUGACUAUCUUUCUCACCUCAAUGAGGACAAUAAUACUCGAGUUUUGUUUGAACGAGUAUUAACAUCUGGAAGCCUCCCUCCUGAGAAGUCUGGAGAAAUCUGGGCCCGGUUUCUAGCCUUUGAAAGUAAUAUUGGUGAUCUGGCUAGUAUACUCAAAGUGGAGAAAAGACGGUUUACAGCAUUCAAAGAAGAGUAUGAAGGCAAAGAAACAGCUUUAUUGGUAGAUAGAUACAAGUUCAUGGAUUUAUAUCCUUGCUCUGCAAGUGAACUAAAAGCACUUGGUUAUAAGGAUGUCUCCCGUGCUAAGCUAGCAGCUAUAAUUCCAGACCCAGUUGUAGCUCCUUCUAUAGUGCCUGUUCUGAAAGAUGAAGUGGAUAGAAAACCAGAGUACCCCAAACCAGACACUCAGCAGAUGAUUCCAUUUCAGCCACGACAUUUAGCACCUCCAGGCUUACAUCCUGUCCCUGGUGGGGUAUUCCCAGUACCACCCGCAGCAGUUGUGCUAAUGAAACUUCUUCCUCCUCCUAUCUGCUUCCAGGGUCCUUUUGUUCAAGUGGAUGAAUUGAUGGAAAUUUUCCGAAGAUGCAAGAUACCUAAUACCGUUGAGGAAGCCGUGAGGCUCAUCACUGGCGGAGCCGCGGAGCUCGCUGUAGAAGGCAACGGCCCGGUGGAAAGUAACGCAGUGCUCACCAAGGCUGUCAAAAGGCCCAAUGAGGAUUCAGACGAGGAUGAAGACAAGGGAGCUGUUGUCCCUCCUGUUCAUGACAUUUACCGAGCGCGGCAGCAGAAGCGCAUUCGGUGAAGCAGGCUCAAAACCUGCCUCUGAAAGACUUAUCCAGGAUUCCCUUUUUGCCUAAGUCAUAUGUUUAAAAGAGACAAUGCUUUGUUACAAGGUUCUUGGAAACAAAGUUGUAUUGUCAUUGGUGCCUCUAUCAUAUGGUUCUUGGUAAAAAAAAACGAACCUGUGUGAAUUUUAGAAUAUGGAACAGACCUGUGCUCUAAGCAAAAUUAGGUUUUCAAAAAUGUGACAACAGCACAAAAUGGCAGAACCACAUUUUGUUCCCUCUUCAAGGGUGUCUUGUAUGUGCCGCUUGAAGACUUGUGAGUUUUCAACAGUUUUAUUUUAAAAACUGGAUGGCUUAUGAUUGUAAAGCAUUUUAUCACAUUUUCUGAAAACGUUCUCGGUUUGCUUAUGUAGAGUCCUGCCUUAUUGUUUGUUUUUAUUUAUGGCAGAAUGGCAUCUGUUUUGUAGUUUACAAUUUUAAAACAAUCCUUUAAAAAAUAAAAGGAUCUCAGAAAUUA